AUGACUGGCUCUGUGCCGACUAGAGAGGACCAUGUCGAUGUCCUCAUCGUGGGAGCCGGCCCUGCAGGCCUCAUGCUAUCGACUUGGCUGAGCCGCUGUGGGAUCAAAACUCGCAUCGUUGACAAGCGAGGUACCAAGAUCUUCAACGGACAGGCUGACGGUCUCCAAUGCCGCACUCUGGAAAUCUUCGACUCGUUUGAUUUCGCCCAGCGCGUCUGGCGCGAGUCAAACCACAUGAUCGAAAUCUGUCUUUGGAAUCCCGACGAGAAUGGGACCAUUCGACGAUCCAGUCGUAUUCCCGACACCAUUCCUGGAAUCAGUCGAUUCCAGCAAGUUGUCCUGCACCAAGGCCGUAUCGAGCGAUUCUUCCUGGAUACAAUGAAAGAGCACGGGAAUCUGACCGUUGAGCGCGGUGUGCUUCCCGUAUCCUUCCAGUUCGACGAGACCAAAGCAGGAGACUUCGAUGACUAUCCCAUCAGUGUCGAGCUUCGCACGCUAUCCGAUGAAGAAUCGACACCAUCGCAACGCCAACAACAUCACAAAUCCGUCGAUGGGCAGGAAACAACCGUCAAUGACGGCCUAUUCCGGAGCAACUUGGUCGCCGAUGAUACGGACGACCUCAUCCGAUUAACAGAAGCCAACCACGCCGACCAAACAGAGCUAAUCAAGGCCAAGUUCCUCGUCGGAUGUGACGGCGCCCACUCAUGGGUCCGGCGUCAAGCCGGCUUCAAACUGGAAGGUGACUCAACCGAUUACAUCUGGGGCGUGCUCGACAUCAUCCCGAUCACGGAUUUUCCAGACAUCCGCCAUCGAUGCGCGAUCCACUCGGCCAGCGAGGGCAGCGUGAUGGUGAUCCCGCGAGAGAACAAGCUCGUUCGACUUUACAUCCAGCUGCUGGCCACCAACCAUGAAAAUGGAAGCAAGGCGGACCGGUCGUGGAUUACUCCAAGCAUCAUCCUGCAAUCUGCCCAGCGUAUCAUGCACCCUUACAAGCUGGAUUACACGUACUGUGACUGGUGGACGGCGUACCAGAUCGGUCAACGUGUUGGUGAUAACUUCUCGUUGCGCGAGCGUGUUUUCUUGGCCGGUGACGCUGUCCAUACGCACUCGCCCAAGGCUGGACAGGGUAUGAAUGUCAGUAUGCAAGAUACGUAUAAUCUUGGAUGGAAGCUUGCACACGUUGUCAAGGGGUACAGUGAAGGAUCCAUUCUCAAGACCUACCAGUCCGAGAGAAAGAUGAUCGCGCAGGAUCUGAUCGCUUUUGACCAUCGCUUUUCGAGGCUUUUCUCAGGACGCCCGGCUAAGGAUAUCAUGGAUGAAGAGGGGGUCAGUAUGGAAGAAUUCCAAAAUGCCUUUGAGAAAGGGAACGAGUUUGCAAGUGGUAUAGCGGUCAACUACGGCGCCAGUCCAAUCAUUGCGAAAGAAGGCCAGAUAAUCAGCAAGCCGCAGCUAGCAACGAAGAUCGACAUCGGCAAACGCAUGCCCAGCUUUAAAGUGUUGAACCAAGCCGACGCUCGGCCAUGGCAUCUCCAAGAGCUUCUAAAGAGCAACGGACGCUGGCGAGUAAUCGUGUUCCCGGGACGACUCACGGAGCCAUCCAAUAUGCAGCGCAUGCAAAUGCUAGGCAAACGACUCGAGGAGCCCGAUUCGUUUGUCCAACGCUACACACCGCCGGGUCAAUCCAUUGACAGCGUGAUCGAAAUAUUGACGGUCCACCCCGGACCGCGAGCGGGUAUAGAGCUUCUGGAUAUCCCCGAAGCGUUCCAUCCUUAUCAUAGCGAUAUCGGGUGGGAUUAUUGGAAGGUUUACGUGGAUGACGAGUCUUAUCAUGAAGGUCACGGUCAGGCGUUUGCAAAUUAUGGUAUUGACCCGAGUCGUGGAGCGAGUGUUAUUGUUCGCCCGGAUCAGUAUGUUAGUUGGGUGGGUGAGAUGGAUGACUAUGAGGAGAUGUCGCGAUUCUUUGCUGGUUUCAUGAGGCAGCAAUUCGCUGCAAAGGGCGCGGUUGAUGGUGCUGGUUCAUAG